AUGGACUGGGGAUCCAGACGACUACACACCCCCUUACCCGCCUAUAAGCACACCUAUACCAUCACAGGCAAAACCUGCUCCCUUAUCCACACUUCCGCUCCACCAGGUACCGUCACACCCACCGAUCCCGCGGUGCCGACGGAAACGGUUAUCUUCGUUACUACGGACAAGAACCCCGCCGUGGUAUUUCCGACCCAAGCACCUCCUAGCUACGGCGGAUCGCCCUCCGGCCCAGAUGCUCACGACACGGCGGUCGAGGGCGGUGGUAGCCACGUAAUUACUCCUGAGUAUGGCAUGGACCCGACCCCCAUCGAGUCUGCCAAGGUUUCGCCAACUCCACCUCCCAAUGGUGGGAAUAACCAAGGAGGAGGAGGAGGACCCCCUGUAAUCGUGAUAGUGCAGCCUGGCGAAGUAAUCAUCGACGACCGCACAUUCACCGACAGCCCAACGCAGAAAACGUCCACUGUGGUCGUGGGAGACGAGACCUUUGUCAUCGACCCAUCCCAGGUAGUAGGUGGUGGGGCCACCGUAACCCGACCCCCUAUCGACGUAGGAGGGGGUUUCACACCUCAACCCCCACCAAUCACAACCUCCAUCGGCGGUUUAGGGGUCGUUCUCGGACCCUCCUCAAUCGCAACGAUAGACGGCACGGUAUUUACCAUCGCGCCCACGCCGACGAUAGCCGUAGUCCAGGGACAAACGAUCACCAUCGGACCUGCGGGGCUCGUCUUCCCCAGCCAGACGCUGCAUGUGGCCGCGGGGUCCGGGCCGACGCAGACAGCCAUCAUGGGCGGGCAACUAAUCACAGCCAUCGGCUCCGAUACGGUGGUAAUCUCCGGCACAACAAUAACGUACGGGCCAAUCGCACUAGGAAGCAGCACACUCACGACAGUCAUCGAUGGGGAUACGAUUUUAGUUGCCCCGACCGGCGUAGUCUUGCACGAGGGAGGAGAAACCUUGGGAGGCAUAACAGCGGCUCCGGAUGCCACUACGUACGAGAUCGUAGGCGGGGCAACGGUGACGCAACUAGGUUUAACGGCGGUCGAGAUCAGCGGGCGGACAUUCCACAUCGGGCCCGGGGCGGCGACACUGGUGACGACGGUGAUCGCGGGCCACACGCUAACGAUAGGACCGGACGGCGUGGGCAUGUCGACGUGGACGCUGGGCGCGCCACACGCGUCUACGACGACUAUCUUUCCUGGCGCUGGCGCUGGCGGCCACCAUAACGGCGGGAAUAAUGCUGCGAUGACGAUUCCAACGGCGACGGGAACAUCUAGGAAAGACGAUAGCGGCGGGGCGCUUUUGCAGCGGCCAGAUCGGUCGCAUGUGCUGUUCUCGGUUGGCGUCGGGUGUCUAGGGUCCUUGCUUUUCUGGUGGUAA